GCAGCGGCGACGGCGGCGGAGCCCGCUCGGGAGCCCCUGAGGCCUCGAGGGGCGGGUGGGCAGGGAGGGGGAAGGGUUAUAUAUUUUUAAGUGCGCUAAACACUGGCACAGCGAGGAAAAAGAAGCCCUUCAGUGAAUGAAGAGUCUUCUGCUUCGAUAGCCUUUUCCCUCAAGAGUGGCUCUGUGAAUGAGGAUGACAAUGGAAGAGAUGAAGAAUGAAGCAGAGACCACUUCUAUGGUUUCCAUGCCCCUCUAUGCUGUUAUGUAUCCUGUCUUUAAUGAGCUAGAACGGGUAAAUUUAUCUGCAGCUCAGACACUGAGAGCAGCUUUUAUUAAGGCUGAAAAGGAAAACCCAGGUCUCACACAAGACAUCAUCAUAAAAAUAUUGGAGAAAAAAAGUGUUGAAGUUAACUUCACCGAGUCUCUCCUGCGUAUGGCAGCUGAUGAUGUAGAAGAAUAUAUGAUUGAAAGGCCAGAACCAGAGUUCCAAGAUCUAAAUGAUAAAGCACGAGCACUUAAACAGAUUCUCAGCAAGAUUCCAGAUGAGAUCAAUGAUAGAGUGAGGUUUCUUCAGACAAUCAAGGACAUUGCCAGUGCAAUAAAGGAACUUCUCGACACAGUAAAUAAUGUCUUCAAGAAAUAUCAAUACCAGAACCGGAGGGCACUUGAGCACCAAAAAAAAGAGUUUGUAAAAUACUCCAAAAGUUUCAGCGAUACUUUGAAAACCUAUUUUAAAGAUGGAAAGGCAAUAAAUGUGUUCAUAAGUGCCAACCGACUAAUUCAUCAAACCAACUUGAUACUCCAGACCUUCAAAACUGUGGCCUGAAAAAUAAAACAAAACAAACUGUAUAUGUCAAGAGCUGUACUUUUCAAUGGUGAAUAGGAUACCUUUAUAUGUAAACUUUAAAGUUUUGACUGUAUAAAUUAUCAGUCCCAGUUGAAGGGACAUAAUGCAGGAUUUUGAAUGGGAUUUAUUGCCAUCUUACACCAUAUUUUUGUAAAAACAUUGUAGCUUAAUCAUUAUCUCACAAUGAAGAUUUUGCAUCACUUUUUUGCUAUUAUCAUUCUUUUCAGAAUUAUAAGCCAAAAGAAUUUACGCCUUAAUGUGUCAUUAUGUAACAUUCCUUAUAAGAAUUGUAAAUAUUUGGUGUUCUGUUUCUGACAUUUUAACUUGAAAGCGAAAACUGCAAGAUUAUGUAUUUAAUAAUAUUGGUGGCAAAUAUUCAAUAAAUAGUUUACAUCUGUUA